CUUUCUUUUGUCUUUCUUCCAAACUCAGGAUAAUGACUUCUCCAUUAGUACGCGUGCCCAGAUGGACUCCCAGCCCAAGCCCCACCAAAUCACCUCCACAACUAAAACAGAGAUCCAGAGAUGGCGAUGAUGACGAUGAUGAUGAUACUGACUUAGAGAUGGAAAGCAUUAUGGGUUCUGAUAAAUCAGAAGAAGAAGACGAUCGUCGUCGUCGUCGUCAUGACAAUGUGUCUUCUGGCAUGAAAACUCUCUUCCCAUUUACCUCUGUUUCUCCGCUGCCGCCGCCGCAGCAACCGCCACCUCCAGUACACCUUAUUCAUCCUGAAAUCCACACUGAAGCGCCAUUAGCACCAGUGCAGCUCAGUUUAAGGUUUGGUGAUUCUUUUCAUGAUAAGCUUCGAAAUGCAGACGGUGGCGCUGUUUUCUUGACGUGGAAAGACCUGUGGGUGACGGUGCCGGAUCGGAGCAGCGGCGGCCGUCGUCCCAUCCUGGAGGGGCUCACCGGCUACGCCGUGCCCGGCGAGGUGCUGGCCGUCAUGGGCCCUUCCGGCUGUGGCAAGUCAACUCUCCUCGAUGCCCUAUCAGGUAGGUUAAGUUCAAGCACAAUGCAGAAUGGAAGGAUCCUAAUCAAUGGCCACAAGCGAACACUAGCUUUCGGAGCUUCGGCCUAUGUGACUCAAGAUGAUACUCUAAUGACAACACUAACAGUAAGAGAAGCUGUAAACUACUCGGCACAGCUCCAACUACCAAAUUCCAUGUCAAGAUAUGAGAAGCAACAACGAGCUGAGAUGACUAUAAAGGAGAUGGGUUUGGAGGAUUCCAUGGACACAAGAAUAGGAGGGUGGAGCUCAAAAGGCCUUAGCAAUGGACAAAAGAGGAGGGUCAGCAUUUGUAUUGAGAUCCUGACUCGCCCAAAGCUUCUAUUCUUAGAUGAACCAACAAGUGGACUAGACAGUGCAGCAUCUUACCAUGUGAUGAACUGCAUCCUCAAAAUUGCUCAACAAGCUGAUGGAAGGACUAUAAUUGCUUCUAUCCAUCAGCCUAGCAGUGAAGUUUUUGAGCUAUUCCAUAGUCUUUGCCUUCUUUCCUCCGGAAAAACAGUCUAUUUUGGUCGAACUUCAUUCGCAAAAGAGUUUUUUGCUUCCAAUGGCUUCCCAUGUCCAACUCUUAGAAGUCCAUCAGAUCACUACCUUAAAACAAUCAACAAGGAUUUUGACACGGACAUUGAACAAGGGCUUGGUGGCCGAAUGAGCACAACGGAAGCCAUUAACAUUUUGGUAAAGUCAUUCUCGUCAUCUGACACUUGCAAGCAAGUCGAACAACGAGUAUAUGAAAUAAGCCAACAGAAAGGAGGAGCAUUGGAGAAGAAAGUAGCCCAAGCCAACUUCUUUACCCAAUGUCUUGUUCUCACAAGAAGAUCAUUUGUAAACAUGUAUCGCGAUCUGGGUUAUUAUUGGCUUCGCCUUGCAAUCUAUAUUGCGUUGUGUUUAUGUGUAGGGACAAUCUUCUAUGACAUUGGAUCGAAUUUUGGUUCAAUUCAGGCUAGAGGCUCAAUGCUUAUGUUUGCUGCGGCAUUCUUGACUUUCAUGGCAAUUGGAGGAUUCCCUUCUUUUGUGGAGGAUAUGAAGAUCUUCAGCCGAGAAAGAUUAAAUGGGCAUUAUGGCGUCAGCGCAUUCGCUGUCGGCAACACACUUUCAUCCAUACCUUACUUGCUUAUCAUUUCUCUGAUUCCCGGGGCAAUAGCUUAUUACCUUGUCGGGCUUCAGAAAGGGUUGGAACACUUCGUGUUCUUUGUUCUGCUACUUUUUGUGUGCAUGAUGCUGGUUGAGAGCCUAAUGAUGAUCGUUGCAAGCGUAGUACCAGAUUUCCUCAUGGGCAUUAUAAUAGGUGCUGGAAUUCAAGGCGUGAUGAUGCUGAAUGGUGGCUUCUUUCGAUUGCCAGACGAUCUUCCAAAGCUUUUUUGGAGAUUCCCAAUGUACUAUGUUUCCUUCCAUAAGUAUGCGAAUCAAGGCUUCUAUAAAAAUGAGUUUGAAGGCCUGACAUUUCCUAAUGAUCAGGCAGGCGCGUCUCCAACCAUCACUGGUGAAGAAAUCUUGAGAAAUGUUUGGCAAGUUGAGAUGGGUUACUCUAAAUGGAUAGACAUGACAAUAUUGCUAGGGAUGGUGGUUCUUUAUCGUUUGAUGUUCUUAGGAAUUAUAAAAACAGUAGAGAAGGUUAAGCCCAUUAUCAAAGUUGUUGGGGUUGUUCACUCCAAGUGAUUGAAUCAAAUCAUAGGGAACCCCUCUUCCCAUACUUCUACAUGCAGGGAGGAAAAAAAGUGUCCCAAUAUUUGUGCAAAGUAGACCUUUAUUUAUUUAUUUAUUUGUUUUGUCCCUCACGACGAAGCUAUAAUUUCCUAGAAUAUAAGGAACGAUAGCUAAAAAAUCAAAUUUUUUCUUUAAUUAUUGAAUA